GCGGGGAGGCCUUAGCUCCGGGCGGGCGGCGGCUGCUGCAGCGGGACCCGGGAGCGGGGCCCGGCGCCGCCCGGGCUGCGGGGCGAUGUGAGCCCUAGGUGUGACCCAGAGGGAUCCAGGUGACUUCUCUGCAGACUGUUUGCCAUGACACCCCACCAAGGACGGAGGGACUAAAGUGGGAGGCCUUCCCCAUGCCCGUCCCAUGGGCAGCUCCCCGAUGGCCUGGGUGAGGGCGGGUUGGCUGCUCUAACACCAUGGGGAGCUGUUGUAGCUGCCUGAACAGAGACAGUGUCCCAGACAACCACCCCACCAAGUUCAAGGUGACCAAUGUGGACGAUGAAGGGGUGGAGCUGGGCUCGGGGGUGAUGGAGCUGACGCAGAGCGAGCUGCUGCUGCACCUGCAUCGGCGGGAGGCCGUCCGCUGGCCCUACCUCUGCCUGCGGCGCUACGGCUACGACUCCAACCUCUUCUCCUUUGAGAGUGGCCGCCGCUGUCAGACAGGCCAGGGGAUAUUUGCAUUCAAGUGCUCCCGGGCCGAGGAAAUCUUCAACCUCCUUCAGGAUCUGAUGCAGUGCAACAGCAUCAACGUAAUGGAAGAGCCAGUCAUCAUUACCCGCAAUAGCCAUCCCACUGAGCUUGACCUCUCUCGGGGCCCCCAGCAGCCCAACGCUCCAGGCUACUCUGUCUCCAGUUUCUCCAAUGGCUUCCCUGGCUGCCCUGGCGAAGGCCCACGAUUCUCUGCUCCCCGGCGCUCCUCAGCAAGCAGCCUGCGACACGCCUCACUUGGGGAAGAGUCCACCCACGUCCUCAUUGCUCCUGAUGAACAGUCCCACACCUAUGUGAACACACCGGCUGGUGACGAGGACCACCGCAGGAGCCGCCACUGCCUGCAGCCUCUGCCUGAGGGCCGGGCACCCCCGCAGGUCCGGGGACCUGACCAGCGGGACCCACAGGUGUUCUUGCAGCCGGGUCAGGUGAAGUUCGUGUUGGGCCCCACUCCUGCUCGGCAGCACGUGAUGAAGUGCCAGGGCCUCUGCCCCAGUCUGCAUGACCCUCCCCACCACAACAAUAACGAGGGCCCCUCUGAGUGCCAAGCCCAGCCCAAGUGCACCUACGAGAACGUCAGCGGGGGGCUGCGGAGAGGGACUGGCUGGAGACUGAGCCCAGAGGAGCCAGGCUGGAGUGGCCUGGCUCACCGCCGGGCUGCCCUGUUGCACUAUGAGAACCUGCCCCCGCUGCCCCCUGUGUGGGAGAGCCAAGCCCAGCAGCUGACCGGGGAGGCUGGGGAUGAUGGGGACUCGAGGGAUGGGCUCACACCCUCCUCCAAUGGUUUCCCUGAUGGUGAGGAGGAUGAGACUCCCCUGCAGAAGCCCACCAGCACCCGGGCUACCGCCCGCAGCCACAGCAGCUUCCCUGUGCCACUGACCCGCCGCCGUGGCUCCCCAAGGGUCUUCAACUUUGACUUCCGUCGGCCAGGCCCCGAGCCCCCAAGGCAGCUCAACUACAUCCAGGUGGAGCUCAAGGGCUGGGGUGGAGACCACCCCAAGGGGCCUCAGAACCCCUCAAUUCGAGCCCCUGUACCUGCCACACACCCUGCCCGCAGCUCAGACUCCUACGCCGUGAUUGACCUCAAGAAGACCGUGGCCAUGUCCAACCUGCAGAGGGCUCUGCCCCGAGACGACGGCACCGCCAGGAAGACCCGGCACAACAGCACUGACCUGCCUCUGUAAACGCCCGGUCCUCCACCUCUUUGCACUGUGGCCCAGCCUCUGCCUCCCACUCCAUUCUCUGCCCCACCCAGCCCAGGGCUCAGGGCUGCGCUGCAGAAGGCAUCGAGGUGGGACCAGAUGCUUCCCUAUGCUGCUGGAGUCCCCAAAGAUGUCAGCCACUGAGUGUCCAGGUCCCCAAGCUGGGAGAGGAAAGGGUGACUGGGUGAGAAGGGAGCCACGAUGUAAGCUGUGAAGGCCUCCCGUGGUUGCAUCUCACACCCUCCUCUUGUGUCCGUCCAUCUGUCUUGUUUGUCCGCUAUCUGUGUAUGGUUUUUUUGGUUGGAAUUUUGAAACAU